AUGGCUGUGUCCCCUACACCCCAGCAACAGGAAUAUGGUAAUGACAGUGCUACGGAGAGAAGGGUAAAUGAGAGUGAGGCUUCUGGGACACCUGGAGGAUUUCAUUUUUAUGAUUGGAUGGACGUGUUGUCUCUUCUUGUUACCUCCCUUGGGCUUUUGGGGAACGGCGCCGUCCUGUGGCUCCUGGGCUUCCGCAUCCGGAGGACCCCCUUCUCCGUCUACAUUCUCAACCUGGCGGCGGCCGACGCCCUCUUCCUCUGCUGCUCCUUUCUAGUCUCCUUGAGAAGAAUUGUUAACUAUUUUUAUCCUAUAAUGCACAAGGUAGUGGUCUACCUCCAAUACAUGUCCUACACUACGGGCAUGAGCCUCCUGGCCGCCAUCAGCACCGAGCGCUGUCUCUCUGCACUCUUCCCCAUCUGGUACCGAUGUCACCGCCCCAAGCACGGGUCUGCUGUGGUCUGCACCGGCCUCUGGGUUCUGGCCUGGAUGAUCGAAGUCACAGAGUUUGUCACUGUGUUGUAUGUGGCUCCUCAACCCUUCUGUGGCAACUUCCUCAUUAUCUAUUUCCUGUGGUUUGUCCUCCUCACCUGUGUCCUGUGCGUGUCCAGCCUGACUCUGCUGCUGAGGGUCCAGUGCAGCUCCCUGAGCCAGCGGCCCCCCAGGCUCUACCUCCUGGUCCUGCUCAUCCUUGUGUUCCUACUCUGCGGCCUGCCCUGGGGGAUCGAGGAUUUCAUAAAUCAUCGCCUCAGAAUAGAACUCAUGCCUUAUAGCCUCUCUCAGUCCCUGGCUUGUGUGAACAGCAGCGUGAACCCCUUCAUUUACUUCUUCGUGGGCAAACGAGGGCAUAAAAGGAGGGAGCCCCUCAGGCUGGUCCUGCAGAGAGCUCUGGGGGAGGAGCAGGAGGUGGGAGGGGGGAUGAGGGACAUCCCCCAAAGCAACACCCAGGAGACCUCAUCAUGA